AUGGAAGAAGAGGAGGAUGGGGAGUUGAAGAAGGAAGAAAAAAAAGAGGAGGAAUUGGGGGGAGGGGGGAAGGAGACCGUUAGGGAAGGUGCGACUCGUGUGGAAGGUGCGACUCGUGUGGAAAAUGCAACUCGUGUAGUUCCCUUGCACCUGCCAUAUUUGAACUACACUGCUGGGCUGAGUGGUAUUGAAUAA